AUGAGGUGGCGAGCCCGCGCUGGCAGCAAAACUUCAGCCUUUUCUUUGAGCAGCGCCUGCAGCAGCCUGCAGCCGUCAGGUUCUGCUGCAGCAGCUGCUGCACAGGACGGCGACGGCCAAACUGAUUCAGCUGCAGAAGAUUCCGUAGCUGCUUCGGAGGCUGCAGCAGCGCCAAGCGGUGCUGCUGCAUCAGCAAGCAGUGCUGCAGCAGCAGCAAGUGGUGCUGCUGCGUCAGCAAGUGGUGCUGCUGCGUCAGCAAGCGAUGCUGCUGCAUCAGCAAGUGGUGCUGCAGCAGCAGCAAGCAGUGCUGCUGCAGCAGCAAGCGGUGCUGCGGCACCAGCAAGCGAUGCUGCUGAAGCAGCAUCAGCAGCAGCAGAGAAUCUGGAGGCUGAAAAAGCGGCAGAAGCAGCAAACGCGGCAGCAGCAGCAGCAACAGCAGCAACAGCAGCAGAGCAGACAGCAGCAGAGGCUACGCCGCUUCAAGCCCUAGAUCGGAAAGCAGAGGGAAGCAAACCCUUGUCUUUGGACCCAGAAGCAGCAGCUGCUGCUGCUGUUGCUGCAGUUGCUGCAGGAGCUGCAGCAGACGCUCAUGACGCGCAGCAGCAGCAGCAGCGACAGAACAGCUUCGAGCAGCCGCUGCUGCGACGGUGGGCCUGCAGCAUUCGCUUCUCUAUCCCUUUGCAGCAGCAGCAGCAGCAGGCAGCAGCAGCAACUGACAGAUUCUGCCUUGAUGUCCUGCUGCAACCGCUGCACCUCCGACUCAGCAGCAAACAGCUGCAGGCGCUGCGGUCCAUUCUCUUCCAGAAGCCCCCGCCGCUGCCUCCAGAGCAGCAGCAGCAACAGCAGCAACAGGACGAGCACCAAGGGGAACAGCAACAGGAACAGCAGCAGCAGCAGCAGCAAAGCGACAAACUUUCUGGUGUCCUUGAGAGUCCGGCUGUACUUGCAGAGGAAGGAUCUUACGAACAGCAGCAGCAGCAAGAGCAGCAGCAAGAGCAGCAGCAAGAGCAACAGCAAGAGCAGCAGCAAGAACAGCAGCAAGGGCAGCGGCAACUGCAGGAUAAGAAUUCCAACAUCGAUGCCCAAGAAUUUCCAAGUAAGCCUUCGUUACUGCAGGAAGAGCAGCAGCAGUCAGAUCAACAGCAGCAGCAGCAGCAGGGGCACCUGGAACAAGAGCAGCAGCCACAGCAGCAGCAACAACAGCAGCAGAAGCAGCACCAGGCUCGACUUGCCUUGCAGAGCGAGGCCUGGCGGCGGCUGCCCCAAGUGACUGCAGCAGCACCACCGCGCAGCAACGGUAACAGCAGCAGCAGCAGCAGCAGCAACAGCGGCAGAGCCGGGCGUUGGCUGAAGUGGGCGGUGGAUGCACUACUUGGAGACUCUUCUGAAGAAGACACAGAAGAUGAACAGCAGCAGCAGCAGCAACAGCAGCAGCGACAGAGCCAGCAAGAAGGCGAGCAUAGAGAAGGGGCAAAGUCAGCAACGAGGACUGGAUCAUCACUAUCCCUAUCAGCUGCAGCAGCAGCAGCAGGAGAGACCAAAGCUAAUGGCACAGAUAGCUGGCAGCAGCAGCGGCAGCAGCAGCAGCAGCAGAAGCAUGCAGCAUCCCCCGAAGGGACCUGCAGCCAAAAUGAAGCCAGCAGCAGCAAGGCGCGCAGCCGCUCUCGGAGCUCCGUCAGCAGCAGCAGCAGUAGCAGCAGUGUCCGCAGCAGCAGGCCCAGCAGCCGCAGCAGCAGGCGCAGCAGCAUCAUGAGCAGGAGGACAAGCAGACACAGCCGCAACAGCAGCAAAAACAGCAGCUACAGCGGCAGCAGCAGCAGGACGAGCAGCCGCAGCAGCAGCAGCACCAGCAGGCAGGUUUCCGGCGAUGCGGAGCUCGAGGAGGAGGCUCUGCUGCAAGAUUUGCUGCAGCAGCAGCAGCAGCAGCAGCCGCUGCUGCGAGGCGCGCUUGCCUACGCUAUGGUGUCU